AUGAAAAGCACAUCCGUUGAAACGAUGCUCCAGACGUUAUGCACCUACUUGCGCAAAAGGAUUAAAAUGUUGGAGGCAGCCAUGACCAAUAUUGAAGAAGACAUGGGGACAAUGAAUGAAUACGACGCCAACCUACAACGCCAUCCACGCUUCACUACCUUCGCCAUGUGUGAAAAACUUCUAGCAGAUGCAAAUGCUGAGGACGGAUACAUGCAGGACAACAUCUCCACCAUGAUUGCAAAUGUGAAGAAGAGAAUUGCAACCUACAAAACCAUCAUCAAAGAGCUCCCAUACAACUAUGCAUAG